UGCAGUGCUUGUCAUCAGUACUGUAGUACUAGUAGUACAUGUGAAUGAAGAAGAAGAAGAGGAAUAGGUGGUCACGGUCACGGUCAGUAGUACUCCACUUCCGUCCCCAAAACCCCAAUCGCCUCCGGUACCGCCGGUGGUCGAGAGGUGAUCAGCUCUCGCAUCUCAGCCUUGCAGGGCAGGGACGCAGGGUGGUGAUCGCGCGGCGCGAGGGUCGGUGUGGGGAAUGAGCUUCUACCUGGCCAGGCUCGAGGCCGCGCGGCAGCAGCACCAGACGGCGGCGGCGGUGGCGGUGGCCACGGGGCAUGCCCACGCCCCGCGCGCGUGGCCUCCUUACCAUUACCAGCACGCCGGUCUCCUUCCUCGUCCGGCGCAUCAUCCUCCGGUUCCUCCUCCUCUUCAUGCCGGCAUCAGGGUCGUCGACACGUGGCGCGGCGCCGGCGGCGUGGCGAGGCGCGAUGACGGUGCUGGGUCGCUCGGCGUCGGCGCGCGGGCCGGUUCCGCGACGGCGCGGGAGGAGACGGGCGGCGAGGUGCGGAACAAGAGGCCGUUGGCACUGGCACCCACGACGCCGCGCCCGCGCUCCCCGCCACCCAAGCGGCGGGCCGUGGCAGCGUCAGCGGCAGCCAGGCGCCUGUUCCCGCCCGGCUGCGGGAGGGACGCGGCGCUGCCGCUCGCCGGCGCCGACGGUGACGAUUCGCGGUCCGUAGCUGCGCGCGGCCACGGCGGCUCUGGCGCCCCGCACAAGCCGGCUCUUCCUCCUCGUCCUGCUCUCGCGGGCGCCAAGGUGGACAGGGACAGCGUCUCCGAAGCGGCGUCGCCAUCGUCACCCAGCGCUGCUAAUUGUUUGGUGCCAUCCGCGCGUUUGCUACCAAAGCCGACGACGGUUUCUGGCAAUCGUCGCUUCCCACCUGGCUGCCGGAGCCUUGGGGCUCCUCUGCCCACUGCUGAAGACAGUACUAACCAAGCAGUGUGUCUGCCGUCGCCGGAGGAGGAGGUAGUGCUGCCUGCAGAACGAGAUGACAUGGAAUUUGUGGCUCGUCCAGGCGUUGAUACCGCAGAUGAUGGAGCAGCACGGAACGAAGGAUCGCUGGAUGGUAGUAAUACCCUGGAAGCCCAAGAAUCCCAAGUUUCUUACAGUGCUACUCUGAAUCAUGCUACAGCUUGUGUUGUGGAAGCCUAUGCAAGCCAUACUUCUAGUGGUGAGAGAAUUGUUGUUGCUGAAUCUUCGGCUCAAGAUCUCUCGAAAGAGCUUGAUAGGAGUGAGAGUGUUCCUGAAUGUGCUGCACUGAACACCACAUGUUCAGACGAUUUUGCAGCUGCAGUGUCUAGCGAAGGUGCGCUGAUGAGAAAGAAGGUCGUGCAUACACCACGAAAAUCAGUCAGGCCUCCCAGAUUGAUUCAGAAAACUCUUCUCAGCAGACAGUGUAGGCCCUUCUCCAAGGAAAUCGAGAUGGAAGCUAAAGUUGUUGGAUGGAGUGUGACCAUGAAUGAUAUUGAGGACACUGGUGUGUUUACCCAAGAUCGAGCUAUUCAGGAACCCAUGUCAGCAAACAAGUCCCCCUGCAGAAAUGGAAAGGAGGCUGCCUUCUUCGGUCCCAAGAAGAGGGUGAGCAAGAAGAAGAAGCUGAAGAACAAAAGGAGGGUUACUGUAAAACAUCCUACCUCUGCGUGUGCAUUGGAUGGCAAGGAGGAUUCUAUCUUGGAAGACGAUGAAAUUUUCAAGGCCCUAGCUGCUCAUGAAACAAAAUUCGAAUACGGGCCCCAAAUUUCAGAUGCUAGGAGCAAAGUCCAGCUAAUCUGCACCAGGUUCGAGUCUAUCUGCAGAGCUAUAGUGCAAGCUGCAGGACACCGUUCAAUGAAGGUUAGAAGAAUUGAUCUCGCAGCUUGAUAAACUGAUCAGGAAACUGCCAGGGUUCACCAAGCAGGGGCCAGUUGUUGGGAGCGUUCCUGGAGUCGAAGUCGGCGAUGAGUUUCUCUACAGGGUUCAGCUGGCCCUCGUUGGUCUCCACCGUCCGUUCCAGGGAGGCAUUGACUCCACCAGGCAUGAAAAAACCGGUGUGCGGAUCGCCAUAAGCGUCGUCGCUUCAGGCGGAUAUCCUGACGAACUGUCAUCAAACUCAGGCGAGCUGGUAUAUACAGGUUCUGGUAAGAAGGAUAAUGGAGAUCAGAAGCUUGAGCAUGGGAACCUUGCCCUGAAGAACUGCAUCGACAUGAAGACUCCUGUCCGGGUGAUUCAUGGAUUCAAAGAUCAGAACAGAGAGGAAUUAGGCAGCCAUUCGAGGGCCAGAGAGGUCUCGACGUUCACGUAUGAUGGGUUGUAUCAUGUGGUGGACUGCUGGAGAGAAGGCUCGCCGGGUUCGAAGGUGUUCAAGUACAAGCUGCAAAGGAUCCCUGGGCAACCACAACUUUCCCUGCACAUGACUAAAGCCGUGGUGAAGAACAGCAUGCGUCCAGGCUUCAUAUUUACAUAAAAUUAGGAUUGGACUCCAAGAACGUCAUCGAGAGCCACAUUUGGAUGUAAUGCAAGUACGUCGUCGAGAGCCACAUUUAAAUGGGAAUUUUGUGAAACCCAUCUACAACAAUGACUAUACUAAAAACGUCAGUAAUGUAUUGUAGGUAGUUUCUCAAAGGAAAUCCUUAUGUGAUGAUUAUAUAUAUAUACAUCUUAGGCAGUUCUUACAUAAACUAUGAUGUGUAUUGUAUCGUACACCGUUUGUAAAGCAAAUUCGGGUCUAGAUACAUAUUAGAGCAUCCUUCAGCCCCAAACCACAACAAUUGUGAAACAUUCAGUUUUCAAGGCAGCAGUGGGCCAGGGUUUACGACAUUCAGUUUUCAGUUUCA